AUGAAACAACACAUCCUCUCAUGUACAACCAAAUACUACAAGCAGAUCAGCAUCUCGUUUCUACUCAUCAACUUCACAACAUCGGUUCGACCAACAAACACUUCACAACUCGACAAGUCUAUGGGCUAUCGUCUGAUGUGUCGAUUCUGGACAUAUGAUGUGUUUUAUCAUCCUGCAGUACGAGAGGGUGGGUAUGAAUAUCUGAUGAGAAUGGACGACGAUUCGUAUUUUGCUGACGACACGAAAGAAGAUCUGUUUGUAUAUAUGAAGAGAAAGGAUCUGGACUAUGGAUAUCGAGCGUUGUAUUCCGAGCCUAUCGAACCAUUGAAACUUCUUUUAAGGCAAUUAUUCGGCAAAAAGCCUAUCAUUAUAAAUUGCAUCUAUAACAAUUUCUUCCUGAUUCGUUUGAAAUGGUACUACGAAUCAAAGGAAGUGCAAAAAUUGAUUGAUAACCUGCUGAGAGAUGACUUAAUUCUUCGAGAAUAUAUCGGUGAUGGAUGUGCUCAUGGUACAAUGCUAAAACUUGAUACUCGAGCUCAAGUCGAACGUUUGGAGCGUUUGUCGUACGGUCAUAACUAUCAUAUAAUGGCCCCAACACUUUCAAAAGUGAUCUUUAAAGCAACGGAAGGUUUUAGCGAAGAGUUGAUAAAAUCAUGUCAACAGCUGACAGUGCUGAGAAGUUUCAAAGUGCUAUCCAGCAGAUAG